AUGACCAAAGGACCCAUUGGACUUCCCGUCCGCCACGCCCACAAUCGCAAUGCACUGCUCGCCAUGUCAGCCAUCCAAGAGGAGCGGAUGAGUGCAUUACAAGGAUCAUCCAUCCGACCAACUACGACAAUGACGUCGCUCAAGGAGUCGGGGAAUUCGUGUGACACGUCACCCACCACGUCGUUGUCCAGCUCCGAUUCGAGUCCGGACCAACCGCGUCCGGUGUGCCCCGCACCGACUCCAGCUUUUGCGCCGGUGAUUGCUGGGAAAACGGUCAAGUCUCGAUCAUCGUCCGAGUCAACAAAUUCUGCUAGAGCUGCAGAGACGACGACGACGAAGCCCUUGGAAGUCGUGGAAAACGCGUCAUCUGCGACGGUUCCCAAGCCGCCAACACGCACGUCGAAAGCGCGAUCGACGCCGUUGCUGUCUCAAGCUUCAAUAGCUGGAUCUAAAGCUUUGAGAAGUCUUAGGGCCAGGGCCCCGGGAAUUCCUCGCUUUGAUGGCUCUGCUUCUGCUAGCAGUACAAGUUCCAGUACGUCCAAGAAGACGCCACCAAAGAAGAAGACGAAAGCGCAAUCGGUGCGGUCUCGUCCUACAGCUGAACUCGUUGACCACCUUUCAAACGAAGCAGUCCAGCAGUCCGCCCCGGCAAAACAUCCUCUUGAUUUAACUGCUUUGAAAGAUGGCAGGGCACUUCCUCACUCGCAGCCUGCGCUGUGUUUUGAAGACUUGCUCGCGUCGAAAGCUGCAUGCCAACCGACAACGGAGAAGCGAAAGCCUUGCGUGGUGGACUUACGCUCGGGUACCAGCUCCACGACUGCUGCACCAGGUUCGAACAAGCAGUCAGGUCACUCUCCAGCUGCAGUAAAGGACCGCUUUGCGGGUGCCAAGUCGUCCGUUGAUUUGGUUUUUAAGCAAGCUAAGCAGACCCGUAGUCGUCGUCACUUGUCGGAUGAUCAUGAGAGGAUGCGUGGACGGGCAUCCUCGGACGGAGGUCGGAUGUCGGUUGAUAUUCCGAUCCUCGGGGAUACUAUCCGGGCGCGUCCGAGAGCGUCGUCCGAACACUCGGUAUCCAUUCCGCUGUUGCAGAGGACGAAAGAGCCGUAUGCACGACUCCGGCACUACGAAGGCACGUUUACGAAUCGACGAGGCCAGUCGCUUUUUUACUUCUCCUUGUUUCCGCCGGAGAAGUUGGCGAUGCGGGCAGUUAUAGUGCACUUGCAUGGCAUGGGUGACCAUUGCCGACGGAGUACAGCGCUCUACGAACGGUUUUGCAAGGCAGGCUUUGGUGUUAUUACCUACGAUCUCUUAAACCACGGCGUCAGUGACUGCGACCGAUACAAGGUGCGCGCACAUGUCAGCAACUUUGACCACUUCGUUGACGACACGAACGACUUUAUCACGUUUGCCAAGAGCACCAUCUACAAAGAUGCGCUUCGAUACUGGCGGAAACACCACCACCCUCGUCACCCGCAUGGAAAAGAAAAACGACGCAGGGCUCCACCCGAGUUGCCGCUCAUUAUCUCGGGAGCUUCGUUUGGGUCUCUCAUUGGAUUGCACACGGUGCUAGCAGGUGAGCACAAGUUCCACGCUGCUUUUUGGGCGUCGCCGACCAUUGGUGUCACGUGGACGAAGGUGUUGUGGGCUCAAUGGAAAUUCGCUCGUCCGUUGGUCGCGGCGUUCCCAACAGCGAAGGUUAUCCCAGCGAUUCAGCACAGCUUACGAUCUCGAGACCCCGAGUUUCUGAAACGGUACCACGACGACCCUUUGACGAUCAGUGAUAUGAUCACCCCGCUCAGUGGUCAUCAAUCACUUCAUGCCAUGAUGCGACUUCAACAUGAUCGUCGAGUGGCUGAUGGUGAUAGUCCGUUUUGUGGGGUCCCGAUGCUAUUCCUCGCUGGAUCCGUCGACCGCAUUUCUGACCAACAAGCAGCGUAUAAGUUCUACAAUCAGAUGGGAAGCUUGGACAAGGAUUACAAACUGUUUGAAGGGUUGUAUCACAUGAUCUACGAGGAGCCCGAGAAGGAGCAAGUUUUCGAGUACCUUGUGGAUUGGUUGCACCGGAGGUUCCGACUCGAGACUCGCCAUCGUGUCGAACCAUGA